GCACCUCUUUUGAGUUCCACCAGCAGUCUGGAUUGCUGGUUCUCAUCCAGCUCUAUAUACCACCACCAUGCAGCCCUCAGCGAGUCAGACAGGGUCCAGCUCCAAUAAGCCCGCUGAUUAUGUGUAUUUUGAACGAACGUCUGCUGGCUUUUCAGACGAUGCCGUUCCUCGGGCUAAAACUGCACAAUUAAAACUGGAACACUAUUACAAGGUGGCUGUCGAUGCUGCAAUUGAACGCAAUACAAGACGCGUAGAGCUUGAAAGGAGGCUGCAGGGCGACGUGCUCAUGUCUGAAGAACGUAAACAACGCCAGCUGAAUCAGCUAGGCAAGAAAGAAUCCACUUUCCUUCGAUUACGACGGACAAAACUGGGGCUGGAUGAUUUUAGGACGGUUAAAGUAAUAGGAAAAGGUGCAUUUGGGGAGGUUCGCCUCGUUCAAAAAACCGAUACUGGAAAAAUAUAUGCUAUGAAAACUCUAAAGAAGGAGGAGAUGUUGAAGAAGGAUCAGCUGGCGCAUGUCCGUGCUGAACGCGAUGUGUUGGCGGAAUCAAACUCUGCUUGGGUGGUGCAGUUGUUUUAUUCUUUCCAGGAUCCGCAAUUUCUCUACCUUAUUAUGGAGUUCCUUCCUGGAGGUGACCUGAUGACAAUGCUGAUCAAAUAUGAUACCUUCUCGGAGGACGUUACUCGAUUUUAUAUAGCAGAGUGUGUCCUUGCUAUCGAAGCUGUACACGCGAUGGGUUUUAUUCAUCGAGACAUAAAGCCAGACAACAUCUUGAUUGACAAAGAUGGGCAUAUCAAACUGUCUGAUUUUGGUCUUUCCACCGGGUUUCAUAAACAACAUGACUCUAGCUACUAUCAGCGACUGCUAGAUUCGGCAAAUGGAGUUCAAUCACCUACUGCUGCUGCUCGAAAUAGCGUGAUGGUCAACGCUAUUCAUCUAACAAUGACCAGCAAGGACCAAAUUGCUACGUGGAAAGCCAACCGGCGGAAACUGGCCUACUCGACAGUAGGAACACCAGACUACAUCGCACCAGAAAUCUUUAUUCAGAAAGGAUACGGCAACGAAUGUGAUUGGUGGUCGUUGGGUGCAAUUAUGUUCGAAUGUUUAGUUGGUUAUCCACCCUUUUGCUCCGAGUCUACCCAUGAGACGUACCAGAAAAUUGUACAAUGGCAAAACCACCUGGCGUUCCCCGACGACGUUCACUUGAGUCGUGAAGCAGAAGAUCUCAUUCGACGUUUGAUUACAUCCCAAGAUAAACGAUUGGGUAUUGAUCAGAUCAAAGUUCAUCCCUUCUUUUACGGCGUAGACUGGGACAUCAUACGCCGAAUCGACGCACCGUUUGUUCCACAUCUUCGGUCUAUAACCGAUACUUCAUACUUCCCUACCGACGAACUGGAACAAGUACCAGAAGAAGCAUCCGCGUCCGAAGCUGGGGAUGCUCAGAAAGAUCUUGCUUUCUUAGGAUACACUUUCAAACGGUUCACAAUCUCUUCCCAUGCGUUCUGAGAGCUGUUGGGGAAGAAUGUCAAGACUAUGUACUUAUCUUGCACAUAUAUACACAUAUAUAGGAGGACUUUGUUGUCGCAAUGCAUUUGGUUUACUAUU